AACGUUAGAAGAAGAAGAAAAAGAAACCAAUGGAAUUGACCCUCAUUUCUUUGGUUUGCUGUGUUUGUCAGCGAACUAAACAACUAUUUUAUCUCGAAUCUAGCGGUGUAUGUGUCCCAUGAGCAGUGGAUAAUGUCUACCCGGGCUCUGCGAAGGCUCAAAGGGAAACAGCGGGGUCAGGAGGCCUUGGACCUCGGGGAUCUAACUUCGGGUGACAGCCGAGAGGAGCAGGCUGCGUGUGAGGAGGAGCAGCUGGACACGGCCAAUGUUUCUUCCCCGUCUGGCAGGAACAGCCGAAAGGCAAAUAAAAACAAGGCUCAGAAAAACUUCAGCAACCUCUAUGAACUGAUAGGUGAUGCAGACAACGAGGCAGAGGAAAUCUCAGCUGAUGAGGAGGCAGAGAAACCAGAUGGAAAUAAAACAAGUGGCAUGGAAAGGAAUGAGAACGGAGAUUUUGAGAAGCCGGAUCAAAAGAAAGAGGGAGUGUCUACAAAGUCUUCAUCUGGAGACAGAGUUAAAAAGAAGAAGAAAAAGAAGAAGACGAAAGUGACAUCAGAAGAUAGAAAGGGGGCUGUACCGGAUGAUAACAUUGAUUUAUUGCUGGAGAACCUGGAGCAGACCAAUGGUCUGAGUUUGCAAACUGAGGAUUGCGGAGGCUCCGACAGAAAAUCUGUGCUACACGUGGAGCACAGGAAUCUCAACCCAGAGACGGAGCUGAAGAGAUAUUUUGGGGCUCGAGCUGUUCAAGGGGAUCAAAGACCUCGACAGAGAAACAGACAGUUUCACCGUACCACCUGGAUGACCAGUCCUAAGGACAGCUGGCCUCGCUUUAGCCGCCCAGGAAUCUCAAUGACCUUACUGCAUUCAAAGGACGGCAUUCAGUACUUCACCUUUGAGCACAGCCGGGACUAUCAACAAGUACAGUUCAAGUUCCUGGAUGCUGUCGAGUCCAUGGAUCCCAACAACAUUGUGGCCUUGCUACAGCUGAACCCUUACCACAUUGAUUCCUUGCUGCAGCUUUCUGAUGUGUGCCGCAUACAGGAGGAUCAGGAGAUGGCCAGGGACCUCAUCGAGAGGGCCAUGUACAGCUUUGAAUGCACUUUUCACCCUUUAUUCAGUCUGACCUCAGGAACAAGCAGACUUGAUUAUCUGAGACCAGAGAACAGGGCAUUUUACCUGGCUCUUUUUAAGCACAUGAUGUUCCUGGAGAAGAGAGGAUGCCCACGGACAGCUUUGGAGUACUGCAAACUGAUCCUCAGUUUGGACCCAGACUCAGACCCACUUUGCAUGCUCCUUCUCAUUGAUUUCCUGAUGCUGCGUUCCAGAGAGUACCAGUCUCUCCUUCAGUUGUAUCAGGACUGGGAGGAGCACAGAAAUCUGUCCCAGCUGCCAAACUUUGCAUUCUCCACUGCCCUUUGCCAUUUCCAUCUCAGUCAGCAGGAAGAUAUUGAUCCUGAAGAAAGUGACAAACGACGACAAAAAGCUGACCAGACCCUGCAGAAUGCUCUCAUCAUGUUCCCUGGAGUCUUGAUGCCUCUACUGGAUCUGUGUACUGUGCAGCCAGAUGUCACAGUCACCUCACAUGCCUUCUUUGGCCCAAAGAGUAGGAUAGGGCAGCCCCCGGCCCUGGCUGAACUGACUGCACUGUAUGUGGGGAGGACUUGCAGCCUGUGGAGGGAAGCAGCAGCAAUGCUGUGGUUGGAAGAGUCUGUGAAAGAGGUGCUGCACCGAGUUGAUGCCAAAGACCCUCUGGUGGAGGACUGUCAAAACAAGAGAAAGCAAAGGUACCAGAGUGCACCAAGGAAUAUACAUCGCCACGUCCUCCUCUCCGAGAUCAAAGAAGCCACAUCAAGUCUGCCUCUAGAUGUGACCAGUCAGCCUGUGAUGGGCUUUGACCCUCUGCCUCCACUGGACUCUGUGAUAUCGUACACCCGACCAGAGAGGCAGCGUGUCGGUGCAUCCAAUGAGAGUACAUUGUCGCUGUUUUUCCGGUCUUUGCUGCCAAACUUCAACCUUCAGGGUGGACAGAGGCAGGAGGAUGACAUGGAAGUGGCUCGAGCCGGUCAGGAGCUGAACCAGGAGGUGAAUCGUCUAAUGGUGGCAAUGAGGGACAUGCUGGCAAACAUCAGGUUUCAAGAGCCACCGAGAGAGGACAACCCCUACAGAGAUGAGGAUGAAUGGGACUGAGUGAGGAGGGAGACAGAGAUGGAAUUUUAAGCGUGAGGAUGAGGAGGAACCAAGUAGACGACGAACCUUUAAAAACUUAAUGACAAGAAAAUCGAUAAAUUGAAUGGUGUUUAGUAUAAUUAAUAGGAGUUGGUGUGGGAUAACUGAAUAGUAUUUUAUUAUUGUCACAAUUUCAGAAUACUAAAGUGAGAGGAAGAGAUGACUUGGUCUUACGAGCCAGUCCGCUCCUCUGCUUUAGUGGCAUUUGAAUGAAGAAAAAACAGUACUCUUGGCCAAUCCACACAAUUGUUAACAUGGAGAAAUUUUUUCCAGAGUCAGAAAACAGAUUGGUUAGUUGAACUUGUCAUGUCACUAAAGUUGAUGGUGUUAUUUAUAAUUUAUAAUCAUUUUGGAAUCUAACAUCUCCAGUCAUGCGUUGAGCAGCAUUAGUACAUAAUGGCAGCUACUCUUCUUCCUCUAGUUUCUGGCUUUUGGAGUUUUUCCAUGUUCACAAACAGUGGACUGCUUCAUGAAACGAGAACAAAGUUGAAAAGGUUCUCUUGUUGAGUUGGCAGCACUGUAACACAGGUUGUGUUUUUUGUUUUUACCACAUAAUCUGAGAGAGAGUUUUUAUUCUCAUUGAAGACCAACAGAUAUUGUCACUUAAAACACAUUUCAAAGCAGUUCAAGGCAUUGAAGUCCAUGUUAACUUUUAGUGACGGAAAGCUAAUUAAUUGCGUUGAACACAACGGAACUGUUUAAUGGAAAUAUUUAAUGGUUAAAUUCUGAGCCAGAUAAGCAUUUUAAUCUGUUAAAUGUUAUUGAAGGUGGAAUAAAUAACCACUGCUGUUGUGGGAUUUUGUGUUGGGAAUAGCACAUAUUCAGAUGUUAAAUUAAAAAGAAAAAUCAAUAUAUAUGAAGCUCUUUUAUAAAUGAUAACUGUGUUUACCCACUCUUCAGACCUGUGCUUUCCUACCAAAAGAUUUGCUAAAUAUGGCAAGGGACUCCAAAAAAAAAAAUUUAACAUUAAUUAUUCUAGUUCUACAAACAGUGCCAAAUUGCAUCACAGUAUUUUAGAAAAGUUGCUGCAAAUUCAGUCACUUCCGAUGGGGAGAAAAAUAAUCACCAAAUUUUCAGAUAAUAUAUCUUAUCUCUAUUGUGACCUGUUGCGGAUGCAUUCAAGCAAUGCAAGGCUGGGUCUCCAGUUGACUUGGCUCAUUCUCUUUUAUGAUUCAUUCGCAUUUCAUUUUCCGUCAUCAUGAUUUCAUUUUAGUCUUGUCUCCUGCAGAUUUCAGCAUAUCCUAAAUCGAAACCAUCACAAUGCUGUGAAUCUGUUCUUCGGUCUAACCCAAACCAAAAUAUGUUGAUUAAAUGGUUAUUUUCUGACUUUUGUCACAUAAUCAUUUCAUUGGAAAACUGGUAUGAGAAUCGUUUUUUUUUUUAUUCUUGUGUAACUCUUAUCACUAAAGCAGGAUGUCUGAUGUUUUCCCUUUUUCUUUUAUGCUCCUUCACUCCUGCUCUGUUUGGAACCCAUUCUCACAUUUAACUUUGAGUUGAUUGCCGUUAUUUGAUUAUUUGUGGCUUACUCCACCCAAUAAAACAGUACAGAGAA